ACGGGCUGCGGUCAAAAUUUACUUUGAAGUGCAACAUGUGCAAUAUGCAAUUCAUAUUGUCUACUGAGGACGAUAGACGGGAAUCAAUGGGCAUAAAUACCGCGAGUGUUGCUGGUGCAAUGUGUAUUGGGAUUGGCCAUUCCCAGCUACAAGAACUCCUCUCUUCAAUGGAAAUUCCAGCAAUGUCUGCUGUGUCAUAUUCUGGAUACCACGACACGCUUUCUAAGGGAUGGGAAGAUACUGCGCUCGAAGAGAUGAAGUCAGCGGCAACGGAAGAAAUAGCACACGCCAUCGCCGAAGGUCAAGUUACCCCGGACGGAACGCCGAUCUUGACCGUUGUGGCCGACGGGAGCUGGGCGAAGCGGUCCUACCGGACAAACUACAACUCUCUGUCUGGAGUGGCAGCAAUUGUUGGCUUCAACACCAAGAAAGUUAUUUUCCUUGGAGUCCGCAACAAGUAUUGCACUGUAUGUGCACGAGCUGCCAAGACUGCUCGCCCCCCUUCGGAGCAUGCCUGCUUCAAGAACUGGACUGGGAGUUCACCUGGUAUGGAGACAGAUAUAAUACUGGAAGGUUUUUCACGCAGCAUGGAGAUGUACGGCGCCAUGUACGGCAAAGUGUUAGCGGAUGGUGACUCCAGCGUGUAUGCCACUCUCUAUGAAUCAAGACCCUAUCCGCAUUUAACAAUUGAAAAAAUUGAGUGUACAAACCACCUGCUCCGAAAUUUUUGUAACAAGCUCAAAGAAGUCGGCCAAAAAACCAGUUUAGGACCUAAACCAUUGAGAGAUGUUGUAAAAAAAAAUAUUCUUCGUCUGCGAACUGCAGUAACAAAAGCAGUCGAGCAUAGGAAAACAAAUGACUCGGAAAAUGUCAAUAAUGUUUCAAGUUUGAUGAAGGAUAUAAUAAACAGUCCUAGUCAUGUGUUUGGCGAGCAUCUGAAAUGCCGUGAAAUUGGGUAUUUUUGUGAUGGUCCAAAAGACAACGAAAAGAACUAUGUGCCAGAAUUGAAAGAAGCUGGGAUUUACACUGAAGUAAUGUCAACAGUAGGGAGCCUUGCCGACCAUGCCAGAAGUUUGAUGAUGAAAAUGAACAACAACACUGCAGAACAUUACAACUCCAUUGUAGCAAAGUUUAUCGGUGGGAAGAGGGUCAACUUUGCUCUGAAAAGAUCCUAUAAAGCUAGAUGUUUCGCAGCGGUGGUGUCUCAUAACAGUCAACUUCCUUUAUACAAACUCCACAAGAACAUGUACAGUAAAAGCCCAGGGAAGAUUUUAAAAAGACACCAACUAAAAAAGAAAAGAAUACUGGAACAACGGGCCUUAAGAAGGAUUGCAAAUCCUAACAGGAGGAAACAGAGACAGGUUCCUGCUAAAGAAACAAGUGACGGAAUCAGACACUAUGGAGGAGCUGCGAUGAAAGCAGACUUGCCCGAAGAAAUCUACCAAAUUAAAAAACAAAUAUUUCUAGAAGCUCUCCAACGUACUGAAGAGGAAAAAAUGAAGUUGGAACGAGGGACGCUGUUACAGGCUGGGAGCGGACUCUGGAAAGAAGAGAGGAGAAAACUUUUGACUGCGUCAAAUUUUGGCAUUGUAUGCAAAAGACGGAAAAGUACAAGCUGCGCGGGACUCGUAAAAAAUCUCUUGUACCGUGAUGUACAAACUCCAUCAAUGUUUUAUGGAAGGGAAAAUGAAACGCAAGCCCUAACGGCGUUUGAAAAGAAGACUGGCCUCACCGUAAGCAAGUGCGGAUUGUUUGUUGACAAAGACAUUCCGUACCUCGGCGCAACCCCAGAUGGUCUUGUAGGAGAUGAUUGCAUCGUCGAGGUAAAAUGCCCUGCAUCUUGUAGUGAACUGACACCGGAGGAAGGGAUUCUUAGGAGGAAAUUUACAUUUUGGGAUGUAAGUAGGAAUAAAACCGAGGUGGAAGCAAUUAAUAAAAAACACAAUUAUUUCUACCAGGUCCAAGGUCAGCUCCACAUUACACAACGUAAAUAUUGCUAUUUCGUAAUGUGGACCCCUAAAGGAAUGCGGAUGGAUGUUAUAGAGAAAGACGACGAAUUUUGGGACAGUCACAUGAGAGACCAACUUCAAGAUUUUUACCUGGACUGCCUGCUGCCUGAGCUUGUCGAUCCUAGGCAGACAAGAUCGAUGUCUAUCCGCAAUCCUCAGUACAUACUCGAGGCCAUGGAACAAGCCAAAUUAAAGAGGAAAUAACCAGACGUAUCUCAUCCGGCUUUUUACAUUUUAAAUCCUGUUUUGUUUAUUUGUAUUUGUAUAUUUUUGUGUAGGUUAUACUGUAUCAUCUUCAGGUAUAAUAUUUAUUUUAUUUACUGUAUUUAAUUUGGGUUUAACAUCAUAAGGGUUGUUGUAUA